CAUGCAGUUAUUACUUUGGUUCAAUGGCAAAGAGGGCUGAAGCAGAUAGCUUAUUGAGUCACAUAAGGCUAGAUAUACGUAUAAAUAUAUACAAGCACAAGGGAUAGCAUUUCUGGGACCAAAUUAGAACCUCUAUUAUUAACAUACGCUGAACUUAAAUAUUAAUUAUGGGAAUCAAUUACUGAUAUAUAUAUACUAUUAUCAUCUCCCCCACCCACAUUACUAGUAAGUUGAUUCGUCUACCAGACAGUUAUAUACAGUAUUGGAUCAGAUAUCCCAGUAUUGGAACGUAAAAUAGGACUGUUUAAGACAAUAGAUUACACAGGAAAAAGGACUACACACAACAAAGGACAACACAAGAUAAAGGACUACACAAUACGGAGGACCACACAAGGUAAAGGAUACAACACUUUGUUAACAGGAAGAGAAGAAUCACCAGUUUGAUCAAAUAUUUAAAUAAAUGCUGGAUUUGUGAGGACAAGAAAUGUUAUCUUAACAAGAAAUAAACACUCAUAUGAUGAAAAACAAUUACAAUACAAAGAUGGAGUUAUUAAAUCUCAACAGGAGUCAAAUACGGAUGUUAACAAUUUGGAUAUGCUUCAUGGUGUGUAUUUCACCAACAAGUGGCCAAACCAAUGGCACUGAUACAGACACUAGGGAUGUAACAUCAAUAAAUAAGGGUCUUUCCCCAUUCUAUACAAUGACAAAUGGAUUCCUCAGUACCAUACAAAGAAAUACCUUGACAUCAAUGAUAGGUGGAUUGGAUCUGUCCAAGGGACCCCAGGUUAUCUUAGAUGACAUAGCAGGGAAUUUUAACAGAUGGCUGAACUAUUUUGGUGCUUAUAUAGCAUGUGCAGUAGUUGGUCUUUUGUUUGCUCUAAUAUUCCCCCUGGCUGGUUGCAUUACCUGCUGCUGCAGAUCUUGUGGCAAAUGUGGGGGUAAGGGAGACCCUCAAGAAGGGAAAUAUGCUAAAGUUGGAAGGAUUCUGAUGUUGAGCUUCCUUGCCGCAUUUUGUAUACUCAUUCUGUUUGGAGUUGUUGGUGGAUUCUUGUCCAAUAGAGCACUUAGAGAUCAGACAGAUAAUGUUAAUAACAGAGGUGUGUUCUCUACACUCGCUGAAAGUAUGGACAGCAUACAGACAUACAAGGAUACUGCCAUUCAAGAUAUGGAUACAGAGGUGAUGACAGGGUUCAGUAGAACAAGGAAUGUUGUAUUUGAUGCUCUUGAUGGCAUUGGGGUAACAUCAGUUACUAUUCUCAAGGAGAUAUCUAAUGCUGGGCCACUGUUUGAUGAUACCACUAAAUUAGCUACACAACUUGAAACAGUUCAAGGGUCAUUGAUUGGUAUAAGGGAUGGAGUUCAAACACUAGGGGCAAAUAUCACAACUCUAACAUCUCAGCUGAAUGAUGUAAAGACGGAUGUUACAAAUAAAUUGAACUCGUGUAAUGAUCCCAGAUGUGCAGAUGCAUUAGCAGAAGCCGAAAAACUCACAGUCAAUAUAAAUGUAGCAAAUAUUCCAGUUGCUGAACUCACACUUGCCAUUGAGGCCCUGAAUGAGGUUAUAGGACAAGACAUUACUGGUAAAGUAGAACAGAUAAGACAGGGUUUUGACCAGCUUACAGAUGUCAUUAAUAACAACACAGCCCCAAUUAUAUCAGAGGCAAAGUUAAGAACCGAUGAAAUCCAAGAUCAACUUUCAUCAUUUAUCAACCAGACAAGGAAUGCACUUGAUACACAGGCAUUCUUUCAAGAUGCAACAAAAUACAUAAAUGGCACACUAAUACCUCCUGUGAGGGAGUAUGGUAACUAUUGGUAUAUUGGUUGCAUUGUGGUGUGCUCUAUCAUAGUGCUGAUAAUCACAUGCUACCUUUUGGCUGUUUUGAUUGGCUUCUGUGGCCAAGCCCCCUAUGAAGACCUUACUGACUGCAAUAGAAAUAAUGGAUCUUGUCUUUUCAAAUCAGGUAUAGUCUUCACUUUCCUUUUUGGCUGGCUCUUCAUGCUGAUAACCAUGGCUCUGUUCCUUGGUGGAGGUCUGGCACAUAAUGAGGUCUGCAACCGAGUGGUAGAUCUAAAAAACUCUGAAAUCAUACAGAUAACUGAUCCAUUUGUUAUGAGGGAACUGCAGAAAGCAAUAAACAUCAAUACAACAAUUACAAAUAUCAUCAGACAAUGUUCCAACAAUAUGGCCUUGUACACUGCAAUAAACUUUGACAGUUAUGCUAAUAUCACAGAAUACUUGGAUAUAGAUAGGUAUAAUAUCACAGAGAAUUUCGCUGCUUUGACCAAUAUAACCGUUGACUUGAGUGGAGUCCAAGUCAUAACUCCAGAGUUGAGGAACAUUUUAUCAAAUGUUUCACAAAUUGAUCUUAUGUUGAUCAAUACAACAAUCAUCAAAAAUGAGUUGAACCAGGAUGUCACAGCAAUAAACCUGAAUACCUAUGCUGCCACCCUUAGGACCUUAUCAAGCUCAGGUCUUCCAGGUGUUGAUUUGAAUUCUACAGCAGAUGAAUUGACAAAUCUAGCAGCUACUUUUAUUCCAUCAAUGACCACCUUGAAAAACAACAUAUUGAGUCAUGUCAAGGUCCUUGAAGACAAUAGAGAUCUUUCAGCCGCAUCCAACAGUCUUGUAGCUGAGAUGGAGAAAAGUCAGGAAUCGAUCCAGACAAAUGGAACUGCUGCAAUACGUAGUAUAGGUGCCAACCUCACCUUAACAAUACGUGACAAUUUACAGAGUUUUAUGACCAAUCUUGAUUAUGUUGUCAGGAAUAACAUAGGUAGAUGUGGUGUGGUAUAUUCUGCCCUAGACAACAGUGUUAUAGCUGCUUGCAAGAAUGUACUCUACCCAUUUAACAGUUUCUGGUUUGCCAUGGGUUGGUGUAUAUUCUUCAUGAUGCCCGCAAUGGUGUUAGCCUGGAUGUUGGUGGACCAGUUCAAGAAGACUCAACCCUACAGUGAAGUUACUCCAUUUGAAGGGGAGGGCAGACCACUGAACUCUCAGGGGGGCAUGCAAAAAUUUAAAGAUAAAUUCAAAAAGAAGGGAAAACAGCCCGAAUCUAAUGGUGCUGCUGCUGCUGCAACUAUGGCAUAUGAUGAAAGCCAAGCUCAACCUAUGCAAGAGACAACCCACGGUGGGCAGAGAGUAGAGAUCAAGAGGCUGGAUUUAAUCAGCAUAGAGAUCAACCUUAUCAUAAUGGAAGGCAGAAUGGAUAUCAGAACCAAGCCUAUAGGGACUAUUACUGAGAUGCAGAACAUACUGAAACAACAGCUAAAACCAACCAAUUUUCUCCAGAAGACACAAUAGAUACACCAUCAUCCCCAGGAAAGGGCUACCCAAAUGACAUCCCUGAGGGUAUGGUGUCCCGUAUUGGAAACCAGCCUCGGAAUAGGCGACCAAUUAGUGGCACAGACUUGGAUGAAAGACCCCGAAAUAUCCCAAGACCCAAAAUUGGUCCUGCUUCCCCUAGGGAUGAUAUUGGUGAUCCCCAUAGGCCUGACAUGAAACCCUCUUCUCCAAAUUAUUUUGACCGCCCUAGAGAUAUUCCACCCCAAUCAGGUCAACAAAAAAAUCCUGCCAUUUACAAGGACAUGUAUCCCAAUGUUAAUCCCUAUGAUAAUAUGAAGGUCAACCCAUUGUUCAAUGGGCGUCAUUAUUAGGGUUCCAUAUCCAUUAUCAGUAAUUUUCAAGGGCAUAUCCAAAUUCUAAAAACUGCAGGGGUGAAUUUAAAUAGACAAGGCAAGCCUAAAUGAUUUACAAUGGAUUUCAUUUCUGCAGUAUAAAAAACAUCUAAAUAAUAAAUCUUUGAAUCGUAUCUGCUGUGUAUGCCCAUGAUCAUCAAUCAAUACACUUUUCCUUCAAAAAGCUAUUUAUCGCAAUUUCCAAGACACCUGUCUUUUAAGCCUAACAAUAUUAUAUUUAUAUCACUAUGACAAAAUCAUGAAUUUUAAAAGUCUUAAUUCUGAUAUACAUGAAUUAGGUUAUAGGUAAUGGGACAUAUACUAGACUGAAAGUAACUAAAAAAGGAAAAAACUGUGCAGAAAAUAGUUCCUAAUCCUAGUUUUUUUAAUAUACAGGGUGCUCCAAAAGUAGGUUACAUUUAUUCACCAAUCGGUAAACUGUAACUGUAAACCUACUUUUGUGCCACCCAGUAUUAUUGUAUUAUAGUAUAUGUUCAUGAUGGAGAAUUAUCAUUGUGCUGGUCACAUGACAGAGAUCAUUGUUGAUACCAUCAAUGAAUGAUUUAGGAACUAUAAUGUAUAUAAAACAGAUCAGGGUUAUAGCCAGGAUUUAAAAUGAGGUGAGACAAAUUUAAACAGGUGAGACAAAUUUAAACAGGUG